UUGUUUCUUUGUUUGGGCUUUUGGAUUGGAAGAGCGGCGGCGGCGGAGGAGGAGGAGGAAGAAGAGGGAGGCCAGCCAUGGUGCGGCUGACGCUGGAGCAGACGGCGAGGGAGGCGGCGCCGGCCGGCUGCCUCGCCACCUUCCUCGACCUCUCCCACCGCUCAUUCACAGACGUGUCGUGCCUGGGGAGCUUCAAGAACCUGGAGCGCCUCGACCUCGGCCACAACUGCCUCGUCACGCUCGAGGGAUUGUCCGCAUGCACCAAUCUAAAAUGGCUCUCGGUCAUCGAAAACAAGCUUGUCAGCUUGAAAGGUGCCGAAGUCCUGUCGAAGCUACAGGUACUGAAUGCUGGGAAAAAUAAAUUGACAAGGAUUGACGAGGUCAAAUCUAUGACAAGCCUGGGAGCGUUGAUUCUCAAUGACAACAACAUUACUUCCAUCUGCAAGCUUGAUCCCCAUCAUCAGCUGAAUACCCUUGUUCUCUCUAAGAAUCCAGUUAUUACCUUUGGUGAUGCUUUGGUCAAUGCAAAGUCUAUGAAAAAGAUAUCCAUGUCUCACUGUGAAAUAGAAAGCAUUGGAUCUUCUCUUGCUGCAUGUGUGGAAUUGAAGGAACUUAGGCUUGCUCACAAUAAGAUCACUACAAUUCCAUCAGACUUGGCCAAAAAUACCAAAAUUUUGAACCUUGACUUGGGAAAUAACUUAAUUGAGAGGGAGUCGGAUUUGAAGGUUCUUUCUGAACUGCGCUACUUGAGGAACCUAAAUUUGCAGGGAAAUCCUAUUGCUGAGAAAGACACUCUAGCUAAAAAGGUCAUGAAAAUUGUGCCGAACUUGCGCAUAUUCAAUGCAAAGCCCAUAGAAGCUAUCUCUAUCUCCCAGAAUGAGAACUCCAGGAAAGGGAGUAAGCUGAACAAGGAUGAAGGCUUGCCUGAUCGUGAUCCCGUUGACUCUAGUAUGAAAAAGAAGGAGAAAAGGAAACGGUCAAAGCAACAAGUGGAGAGCCAUGAAGAACCUGCAGCCAAAGAUACUCCUCCAGCUGUCGCUAUCGCUGCCCCAGUUAAAUCUGCACUGUCGGAUAGUAAGAAAAAGAAAAAGGAGAAGGUAGUCGUGGAGCAGGACAAGAGCAGCAAACCGAAAAGCAAGCAUGACAAAGCUUCUUCCAAUGACACCGAAGGAAAGACCAAGAAGGAAAAGAAGAAAUCUGCCAACAAAGAAGAUAAAGAUGCGGGAGGAAUCGAUGACACCGAAGUGUCGUUUGCGGAGUUGAUGUUUUCUGGAGACGGCAGCGUUCCAGAGCCGGUAUCGAAGGACAAGCCCCUGGGAACUGCUGCCGAUGGAAAAUUCUUUGGAGGCCUGGUGAUUGAUCACACCAAGAAGAGGAAGAAGGCGAAGGGCAUCCCUAUGGACGCGUCGGAUCUUAAGCAAUUGUGCUCUGCGCCUGAGGUGGGUGCGGGUGGACUGUCGGGAUGGGAUUAGUGGUGCCUGGUGCGUGGUGGGAUUGACAGACGAUGCAGGCUGAGAUCUGUUAGUAAAAUCCUGCUGUAGGGUCUUGUCGCGAUGAGAGUCAUUGUAGGCAAGCAUCUGGAUUUGUUUUGAUGGUUCUUUGGCACCUGAAAUAUGUAACCUAACCUGGAAACGAUGUCUGGAUUUUAUGAAACUUGAGAUGAUGAUAAACGGAUUCCUUGAUUUCCUGUGUA